GGUAAGCUCACCUCCGGUGGGCCUAACCCAAGGAAACUUCAGAGCUUUUAGACCAAAAACACCAAAAAAGGCGGCACCCGGGCGCCUCGGACUCGGAGGAAGACGACGACGGCCCUCCAAAGCAACCCCACGAGCUCGUGCUCGCCUCCUCCCCUCCCAAACCCCUAGUCCUCCGCCUCAAUCCCGGCUGCGCUCCAAGCUCCAUCCGCCGCGGCUCGGCAAUGUCGUCUUCGAGGUCGACGCGUUCCAGCAUCUCCCCCUUCCGAUCCCGCCGCUCGGCGCCGGCAGCGUCGGCGCCGGCGCCUCCUCCCCCGGGGAGGACCUUGUCUGGCGGGCGUCCGUCCACGCCAUCCUCUUCCUCCGGGCGGCCCACCACCCCGUCCUCGUCCUCCGGCAGCCGCUCCGCCAUCCCGUCCGCUGCCUUCGCUCGGCCCACCACACCGUCGUCCUCGGUGCGGCCCGCCACGUCGUCCUCCACAGCCUCCGCGCGGCCCACCACGCCCUCGUCGGCCUCCUUGCGUGCCUCAGCAAGGGCGCCGCCCGUGGACGCGGCUAAUGCCAAGGAGAACAUCAUGGUCACCGUCCGCUUCCGGCCCCUCAGUCCUAGGGAGAUCAACAAGGGGGACGAGGUUGCGUGGUACGCGGAUGGUGACAACAUGGUGCGCAACGAGUACAACCCCAGCAUUGCCUAUGCUUUCGAUAAAGUUUUUGGCCCUGCUACUACAACUCGCCAUGUAUAUGAUAUUGCUGCUCAGCAUGUUGUAAGUGGUGCCAUGGAAGGAAUCAAUGGCACUGUUUUUGCAUAUGGCGUAACUAGCAGCGGGAAAACACACACUAUGCACGGAGAACAAAAGUCACCUGGAAUCAUUCCAUUGGCAGUGAAGGAUGUAUUCAGCAUUAUUCAAGAUACACCUGGACGAGAGUUUCUUCUGCGAGUUUCAUAUCUUGAAAUUUACAAUGAGGUUAUCAAUGACUUGCUUGAUCCGACAGGACAAAAUCUCAGAAUUCGGGAGGAUGCACAGGGAACUUAUGUAGAAGGGAUUAAAGAAGAGGUUGUUUUAUCACCUGCACAUGCGCUCUCUCUAAUAGCAUCUGGAGAAGAGCACAGGCAUGUUGGAUCCAACAACUUCAAUCUUGUCAGCAGUAGGAGCCACACUAUCUUCACAUUGACUAUUGAGAGUAGUCCCUCUGGUGAAAAUGAAGCAGAAGAAGUCAGAUUGUCUCAGUUGAACUUGAUUGACCUUGCUGGCUCUGAGAGUUCCAAGACUGAAACAACUGGAAUACGACGCAAAGAAGGUUCAUACAUAAACAAGAGUUUGCUCACCCUUGGAACUGUUAUUGCUAAACUUACAGAUGGUAAGGCUACUCAUAUUCCCUAUAGGGACUCAAAGCUCACACGCUUACUUCAGUAUUCUCUGAGUGGGCAUGGACGCAUUUCUCUUAUUUGCACAGUUACUCCUGCGUCCAGCAACAGUGAAGAGACACAUAAUACAUUAAAAUUUUCCCACAGGAGCAAGCAUGUUGAAAUAAAAGCUUCGCAAAACAAGAUAAUAGACGAGAAAUCCUUAAUAAAGAAGUAUCAAAAGGAGAUAUCUUGCCUAAAAGAAGAGCUACAGCAACUGAGACGUGGUAUUAUGGGAAAUGGGUAUAUUAUUCCUACGGAUCAAGAGGAUCUUGUUAAUUUAAAACUUCAGCUUGAAGCUGGGCAAGUCAAACUUCAAUCAAGGCUAGAACAGGAAGAGGAAGCAAAAGCAGCACUAAUGGGUAGAAUUCAGAGGCUAACAAAAUUAAUAUUGGUAUCAACCAAAAGUUCGAUAUCCUUAAAUGUUUCAGGAAACACUAACCUCCGGCGACGGCAUUCAUUUGGGGAAGAUGAGCUUGCGUAUUUGCCUGAUCGAAAGCGGGACUUUGUAGAUGAUGAUGAUGUUAGUCUUGAUUCUGAGCUUUCGCUUGAAGGGAAACUUGAUUCAAGCAAUCCUGAUGAGUCAGUCAGGUUUGACAGAAGGAAUCGCAAACGUGGAAUGCUUGGUUGGUUCAAACUAAAGAAGUCCGACCAAUUAUCUGGGCUAUCAUCUAGUGUGGAUGGUGAGAGCACUGCUAGCGGCUCACCUUCCUGCUCUAAAUCAUCGCAACAAAAAAACUUGCUGCUUGACCUGAAGGAUGGUCGAAGGAAAUCUAUGACUAGGAAAGGAGAUGACUCAACACUUGCUGAUUCUUUUCUUGAAAGGACUCAAGCUGGUGAUUUAUUUAGUGCCGCGUCCAGAGCACGACACCCUCCGCCGAGUGGAACAACCAUCGUGGAUCAAAUAGAUCUUCUACAAGAACAGGUCAAAACGCUGGCUGGGGAAGUUGCACUUUGUACAAGCUCACUCAAAAGGCUGUCAGAGCAAGCAGCCAGCAACCCUGAAGAUUUGCAGAUUCAGGAGCAAAUUGAGAAGUUGAAAGAUGAAAUCAAUGAAAAGAAAUCACAUAUACAUAUGCUAGAGCAGCGGAUGAUGCAAUCACUGGAAACUACUGAAGACCCAACAAUUAAGACUGAAUUAUCCCAGACCUUUUCAAAGUUGAGCACACAAUUGAGUGAGAAGACAUUUGAACUGGAGAUUAUGUCUGCGGAUAAUAGAAUUCUUCAAGACCAGCUACAAGCAAAGGUAACAGAAAAUGUAAAACUCCAAGAAACAGUUGCGCAGUUGAGGCAAGAAAUCAGCAACUUGUUGAAAGCUGCCAGAAGCAAGGAUAGCUUUGUUAGUAUGCAGUCUAGUGAACCAUCAAUGACGAGCAAUGAUCCCAGGGAUCAGGCAAAUGAAGUCUCAAAUCAUUCACAUGUGCCUUCUAGAACAACUGAAGAAAACGAGUCUGUGUUAAUAUCUCAAGUGCUGACGCAGGCUUCAGAAAUUGAAAAUUUGAAGCAAGAAAAGUUGACGUUAGCAAAAGAGAAGGAUGGAUUGGAAAUGCACAGUCAAAAGCUGGCUGAGGAAGCAUCCUAUGCUAAAGAAUUGGCAGCUGCCGCUGCAGUUGAACUAAAAAAAUUGGCAGAAGAGGUCACAAGGCUUUCUUAUGAAAAUGCAAAGCUGAACGCAGACUUAGCUGCAUCAGUUUCAAGGAGUAAUAUUCACAAUGACACAAAGCGACGCGAUCAUGAGAAUGGAAUUUCAGUUGAUGAGUUGCAGAAAGAGUUGGUUGGUAGUUGUCAAAGGGAGGCCGUGCUUGAGGACACAAUGUCCCAAAAGGUCAAGCGAGAGAGUGAGCUUCUAAAGAUGCUUGAUGAUGCCAAGUGCCGUGAGCAUGAUUUGGAAAACGAACUGGCAAGCAUGUGGGUUCUUGUUUCAAAGAUAAAGAACAAAAGCUCUCAAGAAGAUUUAUUUGAAUUCAAAGCAAAGCAAAACGGCUUUCACUCACCUAAGGCUGAUACUGGCAGAACGUUAAGUGAAAUGCAAGCUUCAGGUAACGGGAACUGGGAUGGCCUCAGUACUUUGGAAGAAGCAAGAGCUGCAUACAGUUUCGAAAGGAGACGCUGCAAAGAAUUGGAAAGCGUCGUGUCUAGAUUGAAGGGUGAGGACCUCAGGGGUUUAGAUGUUAAAGUUCUUGAAGAGCUACAGAAUUUCCACGUAGAAGCGCUGUCAAGGAUUUGCCAAGAAAAGAUGGCAAAUCAGGUACUAUAGCAGUAGCAGGCCUUGCUUGCCUUGAGCUCAGAAGCUGCUUUCAUCCGAGGUCACAGCUUUGCAGCCCUGCAGAUGUCCCCUCAUGCCCGUCGCUCUGAUGUCUACUCACAAUUUCACAUCACUGCUGCUACAACCGAAGCAACCUUGAUUAACCCGCAUUUGGACAUUGAUUGCCCUCGUUUAACCGGAAGGAGCGAGAUGAGGUUAGACUGCUGGCGCUGAUGUUUAGUUAACAUGCAGAUACGCUCUCCUGUACAGCUUAUUGGACCAGAAAGAUAGUAUUGGUAGGAGUACUCGAUUGUAUCCACUGGUAGGAGCUAGGAAGACGCCGAAGGCGGAGUUUCUGUACCUGAACCGGUGCUCUGUCCCCAUUCCCGUGUAGAGCCGAACGGAGGCAACCGUGUUGCUGAUCUGAUGCGUGACUGCCCUGGAUCUGAUGCCGUACCCGACGUGAGCUUUGACUUCACUGAUCAGCCGAGCGUGGCCGCUGUAUGGCUCUGCCUCGCCAGGCUUGUGACGCUCUGACUGUUGCGUCAUCUGCGCAACUGAGCGGCGGGAUGGCGUUUCCGUGCUCCGAAUCUCGCCAUAACCAUCUAGCCGUGGCUCCUGGCGUGUACGGAUAGGUCGUCCACUCGUCCUCGCCGGCGAUAGGCAUCCUACGGCUCAAUCCUGGAGCUGGAGGCCAACACGAUGGAUUAGCCUUUAGCCUGGACACGUUCCGUCCAAUGUUCCGUGGCUGCACCCGUGUACCGCCUUGAACAUGGAAAUAAGCUCACUGUGCUCGUGUAACAGCAGCUGCCAUGUACAAGCAGGCCUGUGUCGACUAUGUAAGGUGCCCGGUAGCUGGUUCAAGCCUUUGGUUGAGGCGAUUGGUACGUUGGACUCGAACCAGAUCAGGUCGGGUGCAGUUGAUACUUUCCUUAAACGAUGCACUAUGGAAAUUUGUUCAAAGAAAAAGGAGAGCUGAAGGCUGGGCAUCCAAUUAUCAUGUCUUGGACUUGUGGAGGACAGACAGGCUAAAAGGCUCUCCAAUUUGCAAAAGAAGCUGUUGAGAUGGAAACCUUGGCUGAGCUUCAGUGCAUUGGUCAAUCAUAGAUGUCCUGACUCCUAGCGGACGGAAACUUUCGACCGUAGUUAGAAAAGGGAAAAUAUGCCGGCCCAAAUGACAAGCGGAGAUUAUAGGUUCGCCUGUCCG